AUGGCAACCAACACCAUGGCUCAGGAACUGGAACCCAAGCAAGGCAUCUCACAUAUUCCCAAUACCUCUGGCGCAAACGACCUCGAAUCCCAACAAACCCGCCAAGAUGUGAUCGAACAUGUCAAGACACAGGGUCCCAAGAUCGCAGACCCUACUCCCUUGGGACUUCUGUCCUUCGCUACUGGUAUAUUCCUCAUAGCAAUGUUCGGGAUUGGGGCCCGGGAUAUCCAGACACCGAAUGCCAUGAUCGGAGUGCUGCUCUUCUUCGGAGGCACAUCCCAAUUCCUCGCUGGGAUAAUAGAGUUUGUUCGUGGGCAGGCGUUCGGCGCCACCCUGUGGUGCUCCUACUCCGCCUUCAACUUCUCAUACGCCAUGAUCUACAUCCCAGGCACAGGCAUAAUGGCCGCAUACACAGACACGGAAACAGGCGCCAUCAGCCCCGAGUUCAACCAAGCGCUGGCAAUCUAUAUCUGGGCGUGGUUCAUCGUGAACACAAUCUACGCCAUUGGGGCGGUGCGCACAACCUGGGUUCUGUUUCUGGAUUUGGCGAUCCUGAGCUUGGGCUUGCUGUUGCUUGCUGUGGGGUAUAUGGAUGAGAACACGGCGGUUUUGAAGGCUGGGAAUGCGGUUUUGCUUGUUGUGGCUUUUCUUUCUUACUGGGCAGGGUGUUCUGGGUUCUGGGCUUCGGCGACGCCUAUCAAGGUGCCGACGUUCGCUAUGUGA